UCAGUUUUCACAGACUUGGAAAUUCUUGCUGCACUGUUUGCAGCUGCUAUUCAUGAUGUUGACCAUCCUGGAGUUACAAACCAGUACUUAGUCAAUUCUAGUUCUGAGUUGGCCAUUAUGUAUAACGACGAAUCUGUUCUUGAAAAUCAUUCCUUAGCUGUUGCUUUCAAAAUUCUUCAGGAUGAGAACUGUAACAUUUUUGUAAACCUUAACAAAAAACAGCGGCAGACACUUCGUAAGAUUGCCAUUGAUAUGGUUAUAGCAACAGAUAUGUCAAAACACAUGAGUUUAUUAGCUGACUUGAAGACAAUGGUGGAGACAAAAAAGGUGGCUGGGUCAGGUGUGCUUUUACUAGACAAUUAUACAGAAAGAAUUCAGGUAAUAAAUACCAUACUUAUUGCAGUAGUAUUAGUAUUAGGAUAUUGAAAUUAUAGUUUC